AUGAAAGAGAGACAGAGCAUAUCUAAAAAUAUAAAACAGUUUGUAAUAAGAAACAUAUCGAAUAAGAACAUGGGCGCAGUAUUACUACUAAUAACAUUGGCAGAUAGUAUAAGUGCUAUUCUACUGGGGAACGAUAUAUCUAGAGCAGAUAUAAUAAAAGUAAACUCUGGCUUAAUUAUAAACCCGGCAGGAGGGCUUUCGCCAUCUGUUAAUUAUAUGACUUAUUCAUGCAGGUUUAUGAAGAACCUUCGUAUGUACUGGCAUGGAACAUACCAAGAGUGGUCUCUGAAGAAAAACAAGAUAUCAAAAGAAAAUAAGCAUACUAUUGAGUAUUCUAAAAGUAUACAAGAUUGGAAAGUACAUAACAAAAUAGAUGAAGAUAGAGGCAAAAACAGAUACUUAGAAAAGUUUGCACAGCAGCUAAUCAAUAUGUUUCCAUCAGAGAAUAGACGUUUUUCUAUUGAAUCAGUUAAGAAUGAUUCAUUUACUCGGUUUUUAAGAGAGCAUAAUAGUAAAUCCGAUGAUUUAUAUAUUCUUGCUUCUUUAUUUCUUCUCUCUGAAGAAAUUGCGAUUCCUAUUAAAAUAAUAGAUGAUAAAAGAAAUACUGGGAAUAAAAUACUUACUUUAAAGAGCAAAAAAGCAGAAAAUGGAUUCUAUUUUAAAUUGAGUUUGACUAUAGAGGACAAAAUAGGAGAAGAGCAUGAGAGUUCAAAAGUAUAUCAGAAAAAAACAGAAGAGAUAAUUGAAUUCUUCAAGAGCCUUGUUAAUGAAGGCCCAUCCUACUGCUUAAAAUUACCAGAAGAGUUCUCAAUGCCUACUACAUAUGAAGAGUUCUUAAAAGGAAAUUUUCUGUGCAAUCCAAAGAUGCUUAUUCGAACAUACUUCUUUGAGUAUAUAGACAGUGUAGAGAUGUAUGAAAAGUUUGUAAUGAUAGUGCAUAGCUUAAUUACUGAACAAAUGACUGGUGAUAGAGAAAAUUCCUCUACAACAUCUAAAGACCAUGUAGAUCGUAUAUUUAAAAUGUUGUUUUUAAAACUUGAAACCCCACUUGCUAGCCUAAUAAAUAGAAGAUGCUAUUAUGCAGAUUUCUGUAGCUUUAAAAAAGCAAGAGAUGUUUGUAUAAACACGCCGUUUAUAGACGUUGCCUAUACGCCAAGUUGCAUAGAUAGGCCCAAGUACAUCAAGAAAGAAGGUAGAAUUGUUAUAGAUAAAGAAAACAGCAGAAGUUUUCAAAAUUGCCAUAAUUCUAUUCUUCUUGCUAUCUUCUUCUGCUUUACCUUUGAUUCAUCAACUAAAAAAUACAAUACAGAUCAUCUACCAAAUGCAUUUAAAAAGCUUCAAAGCUUCUUUUCUAAAUACACAUAUAUAGUAAAGAACAUAAGUGCUUUUAUGAAAUCUAAAUGGAAUCGGGUUAUAGAUGACCUUCCUAGCUCAAAUCGUAGUUAUAAUGAUGAUGGUUCAAUAGCUAACACUGGGCUACUAAGCAUGUUAUAUAUGAUGUCUGAUUUAGUAGGAAGUCUACCUGAGAUAGAAUAUACAAUUAAUUAUAUAAAAAAUAUGCUUAAAAAGGAGAAGAAUUAUAUAAAAAAUAUGGAAAAAACCAAGCUAGAAUUAGAGGAAUUAUUACAAAAAGUAUUUUCUUUGCUCUCCAGAAAUAAAAAGGUACAAGUAGAGUGCAACAACCCUAUAAUUAUGACAAUAAACAGACAAGGAAAAUUGGAUAAAGACUUGGGUGCGCAUAUUAGUGUCCUAUAUGAUACUGGUCUACUGUGGCAUGGAAUUAGAUUUGCCAUAUCUAAUUCUUAUGAAGAAAACCAGCCAGUAGAGAUUAUAAAAAAGGAAAAGCUUGAUGAAGAAGGGUAUUCUAAAGAACAAACAUGCAGCGAUAAAUUAACAUUAUAUAAUAAGCAUGCGCGUUCUGAUAUAGAAAUGCUGGCAUCUAAAUUCGCAUGGGGUAAUGAUCAUUAUACUAAAAAAUUGGUUGCUCAAGAUUCCCCAAUUGAAUUAUGUAAUGUUUAUGAUUCUAUGUGUGUAUAUCCCAAUAUGAUUAUAAAACAAUUCUUUAUGAUAGAAAUUGAAUCAGAUGCCAUCUUUAAUUUAAAACUCUCAUUUGAUAUGAAUAAAGAGAAAAUAGUAAAUAGUAGAUGCAAUGAUCCAAACCGCCUAAUGUUAUGGGGGGAUCUAGAUGACCUAGAGUACAAGUCGCAUAUUAUAAGAAUGUUCUCAAUAUACUCUAGUGGAGAAAAUUUGAGAAGUGAUAACCCUAUGGUGCGAUUCACUUCUAAUCUCAUAGGGAGUGUUCCUCUGGAUGACCCAACAAUAAGACAGCACAUUCUAUCCGGCUAUGCAUACAACAAGAACUAUAAGGCAUACUAUCCACAGCUUGAUUAUAACAUACACAUAUCGCAUAAAACAAAAAUUCGUUUAGAAGAACUCCAUUCAAUGAUAGAGUCCCUCCAUCAUAUAAAAGAAAUAGAUAAUUCUACUAUCCUUGGAUCAUAUAUAUCUUUGUUACAGGCAUAUAGAAAAGGCAAAGAAAUACCAUAUUUAUUUUCAGGUGUGCAUAUGCUUGAUAGUAUAAUAAAAGAAAUUAAAAAGCCCAGCUAUAAUCCAAAAUAUAUGCCAUGGGAGUCCCAGCCCAAAUUAAAUAGUGAAAAAUCAGCUGAUCAUAAUAUAGCAGACACAAAAGUGCACAUCCCGUAUGCAACAUCUAUUUUUAAUUAUGUUCAUAACGAAUUAACAGAUGCAAUGCCCUCUCCUGUUGGCACUAAUCUUAAUAUUAUUUAUGUGUCCUGGCUUUAUAAUAUAAUUAACUCUGACUGCUCGUUCACCUUAGAGGAUAUUAAACUCAUAUACGCCCGUAUAAACCCAUACGAUCUUUCAAGAAAAAUUGAAGAUGUUCUAGGAUAUAAAUUAUCCUAUAAAAAUACUAUGCGUUUUAUAGAGUUUUUAGAUAAAAACAAGUUUGAAUUGUCUAACAACCCGAAUAGUUAUGAGCAUGAAGAAAAACACCUAGCAAUAAUUUCUUUAUUUAGAAAAUACAUCAAAGACAAGCAGGAAGUUCUAGACGGUCAAUAG